AUGUUGGAACGUUUGGAAUCCGGAAUGUUAAGGCCAACACUCUUUAUAAAUCUCUGUGCUGAGGGCUCAUUUGAGGAAUUCAAAGAGAGCAGUGACAUUAAGGGAGAGGCUGCCAAUCUCAGGUUGGAGGGAGGUAAACAUCUGCCAACUCAGCUUUUAGAAAUCUUCGAGAUCUGA